AUGGCGCCCUAUCAAGCGCCGGAGAAAAAGAUCCAGAAGAAGAACAAGGGAGCCAAAGAUAGCCCCCGCUUCAAAGGUACUCCCGACGCGGUGUCCGGAGAGACCAACACUCACUCCUCCGAGGAAGAUGAAGACAAAGAGGGGGAGGAGGCUUCUCUGUUAGCGGCGAUCGCUCAGGCCGCCAAAGUAUCCGAUCUUAAAUGUAAGCUGGGGCUGGCCGAUGAGGAUCUAGUCCGCAUCAACAAGAGAUUGGACGAGGCGCAAGAUUUUGUGUCAAAGCUCAUGUGCGGCUAUGGUGAACUUACCGAGGCCAAGGAGCAGGCAAGGGUGAACAAGGGGACCGUUGAUAAAGCGGCCGAGGACUUGAAGUCCGAACGGGUUGUCCGCUGCCAGUACGAGGAGCGGGUGACCGAAGUAGAGCAGGCGCUCAAGGACGCCGCCGAUAAGUACAAGUCCAUAGAGGAGAAAAGUAAAGCCCAGGUAACCGACCUUGCCCAGGCCCUUAAAGAGGCCGAGGAAGCGCGGGUCGAAUCCUGUGUGGCUCGCGAGGAGAUCCAGCAAGCCGAGCAAAGAGCGGCUGAUGUCUUUGCGGAUCUUCCAAAGAGUACCGCUGACGCAGCGCAGUUCUUCCGGGCUCAGGAGGACACGCGGCGGAGGAGUUAUUCUGGUCACAGUUCGAGGCGCGGGAGCGCCCAGCGAUGCUAA